CGCGUGGGCACACUGGGAACUCACAACUGGGCGACAUGUGCACAAAACAAAUUACACGAUCCGGCACUGCGUAUGGCGAGGAGAGGUGGAAGAGAACGCGCCGGAGCUUCGCUUGUUAUGGAAAGGGUUAGCUCCGAACUCCACCACUUUAUCCUUACUAUAACGUACGACGCUGUCACAUUCUGUAGUCGCCUCUAAUACUUGCUCCAGUUCAAUACGAUUACCGGUUUGGGCCGUCGUUCGCCGUGACACCAGCGCGGGACAUUCACGAAAACUUAAUGAAUCCAGAGGCGGUCGGAAUAGUACCGUUUUUAUUUUUUGUUUCGCUGUCCCAUCCUCCUCCUCUAAUUUUGUUGAGAUCUCGAACUUGAGCGCUGGGUAUAUCGGCACCAUGUAG